CGGGCCAAUAUGGGCGUGCUUCCGUCCCAAUGUUAGCCUGGAAGAUACCGGCUAUAAAAAAAAACAGCACACAGCCCCACUUACCUCAUCACAAGGGAAGUUACAGCCGCAUCGUCUGAGCUGUGCGCGGCCCCGCUAGCCCGCACUUCCCACUGCGCAGCGCGCUGCGUUAUAUGUUAUUGUUUUCUUUUCGGUGAGAGGUCAGAGGUCGUGACCUCACGCUCCGCCGUCUUUUUUCCAAGUUGUUUCCUCUUCCCUCUAGACGGCUCGCGGGGAAGCGUGACGUCACUAUCUGACAUAACACGAUUGGUGGAAAGGUGUGGGCAGUUGUGACUCCUCCCACUUGUGGUUGCUAGUUUUGUUUAAACAAGCUUUAUUUGCACGAUCAAAAAGCACCUGUUACACUCUGCUAGUAAGUGAUUUAUGGAUAUUUCAGCCACGAUAGACUAGAAACUACAAGUCCCAGAAUAUUUGCUCCGUGCUCCUUAGGUAUUACUUCCGGUUUCCGGUAGUUUAGUAACCAUGCCGAUGAAAGGACGGUUCCCGAUCCGUCGGACCCUGCAAUAUUUGAACAGCGGAGAAAUCUUGUUCAAAGACAACGUGAAGGUCAUGACAGUGAAUUAUAAUACGCACGGGGACCUAGGUGAUGGCGCCAGGAAGUUUGUGUUUUUUAACAUCCCUCAAAUUCAGUACAAGAAUCCCUGGCUGCAGAUUGUUAUGUUCAAGAACAUGACACCAUCUCCCUUUGUGAGGUUUUAUCUGGACAAUGGAGAACAGGUGCUUGUUGACAUAGAAGAGAAAAGCAACACGGACAUUGUACAGCACAUCAAGAAAAUCCUCGGCAAGAGCAAAGAGACGCUAAAGGCUGAGGAGCAAGUCAGGAUGGUCAAGUCCAAUCCAGCAAACUUCGGUCCCAAGAAAUACCAUUUGCGGGAGUGCAUGUGUGAAGUAGAAGGGCAGGUGCCCUGCCCAGCAUUUGUCCCACUGCCAAAAGAAAUGACUGGGAAAUAUAGAGCAAAACAUCGAGAGGCCACCGAGGUGUGACCUGAUACAUAUUUACUUGUGCUACUGCUUAUUUCUAUACUAAUUUAUACAAAUUACAACUUUUAUUUCUGUACUGUUUGUUUGUGUUUAUUUCCCAUAUCAAUACUGUGUGUGCAAAUUGUUCCCAGGCUCCUCCACUGCAGACAUUUGUUUAUCUGUAAAAAAUAAAUCCUGUAUCAUUAUUUUCAUAUCUUGGCAGAAAUAAAUUCUAAUAGUAUUUCAAUUGACAUAA